AUGGCUCGCCUUUUCAACAACUUAGGCAAACUAGGCCUUGCACUUGCAGUCACUGGCGGUGUUGUCCAGUCUGCCUUAUACAACGUGGAUGGGGGACAACGAGCAGUCAUUUUUGACAGACUACAAGGAGUGAGAGAGGAAGUGGUUGGAGAAGGCACACACUUCCUCAUUCCAUGGAUUCAAAAGCCCAUCAUAUUUGACAUUCGAUCCAGGCCAAGAAGUGUUCCGACAGUCACCGGCAGCAAAGAUUUACAGAAUGUCAGCAUUACCCUGAGAAUCUUGUUCAGACCUCAAGUCCCUGCUCUCCCCAAGAUCUACACCAACCUGGGCAUUGAUUAUGAUGAAAGAGUCCUACCUUCCAUCACAGCUGAAGUGUUGAAGGCAGUAGUGGCUCAGUUUGAUGCCAGUGACCUCAUCACGCAGAGAGAGCUGGUAUCCACCAGAGUCAGCGAGGAGCUGACAGACAGGGCUCUACAGUUUGGGCUCAUCCUUGAUGACAUUUCCCUGACACAUCUGACAUUUGGCCAAGAGUUUACAGAGGCUGUUGAGGCUAAACAGGUGGCUCAGCAGGAAGCUGAGAGGGCCCGAUAUCUUGUAGAAAAGGCUGAGCAAACUAAGAAAGCAGCCGUCAUUUCAGCCGAGGGAGAGUCCAAGGCCGCAGAACUUCUAGCAUCUGCGUUUGGUAAAGCUGGUGAGGGAUUGGUGGAGCUGAGGAAACUUGAGGCUGCUGAAGACAUCGCCUACCAGCUGUCGCGGUCCAGAAAUAUUGUCUACUUGCCACAAGGCCAACAGACGCUGUUGUCCCUUCCACAGUAA